AUGGUGAUUUAUGUUUGGUUCGAGGCGUUACUUAACUAUCUUAAUUCAGAACUAGGAGAAAAAUUUUUCACUUCUGAUUCUCCUAAUGAGCAAAGAAAUGAGAAGGUUAGGGAAUUUUCUUGUGUGGCUAUUCAAAAUAAAAAUGGCGAGUACCUUUUAGUUUACAAUAAAAAAUAUGAUAGAUGGCAAAUACCGGGUGGCAAAUUAGAGCCAAACGAGAACCCCCUACAAGCUGCUAAGAGAGAAAUUUUUGAGGAAACUAAUUUAAUAGUUGAGGACUUAGAAAAAUUUGGAGAAAAAGUUUUUUACGUUGCUAAGGAGCCCCAAACCAUUAGUGAAAUUAAGUUUUUUGAGGUAAGCGAAAUAGAAAAAUUAAAUUCCCAAGUCCCAGACAAAGUAACCGAAUAUCUACUCAAAAAAUUAACUGCUGGUGAAAUUAUUCAUUUACGAUUACCAGAUAAAAUUUUAGCUCAUGGUUGGUUAACUACCCCCCAAGGAAAAAUGAGCAAAAGUAAAGGUAACGUUAUUGAUCCACUGGAAUUGCUAAAAAAAUAUCCUCUUGAUUUAUUGCGAAUCUAUUUGAUAGCUAAAAUUAAUUUUUUACAGGAUGGGGUCUGUGAUGAGAAUUUAUUAAGAGAAUUCUACCACGAUUUUUUAGUUAAUAAUUUGAGUAAUUUAGUUUCUCGGGUCAACAAAAUGCUGCAACUUUAUCGAAAAGGAGUGGUGCCUUCACUAGAAAAUGAAGUAAAAAACGAAAAAUUAGAGGAAUACAAAAAAAAAUGUAAUUCAGUAGUUCAAAGGUUUCAAAAAAAAAUGGAUAAUUAUGAACUCACCAAGGCUUUUUCCCAAAUUCAAAUUCUGCUUGACGAAAGCAACAAAUUAAUUGCUGAUUUAACACCUUGA